AUGGCUGUCAUACAGAUCAACGCCGCCACGCAGGCUCUACCGAGCGAUUUCCCCGAGAAGGGCUUCAAGGCCACCGGCAAGCUCUCUGAAUACACCAAGCGGGCCAUCUCGCCCGUUGGUCCAUACCACCUGGCACACGCCCGCCGCAAGCUCCACCGUCGUACGUUUUCCGAAGACGAGCGCAUCCAGGCUGCCGAGAAUGUCAAGAAGGUCGAAGUGGAMGAUGAUGAUGAGUUCGAGACGGCAGAAGACCCGAUGAUGCUGCAACGUGAGGCAAAGGACUGGAAGCAGCAAGAUCACUACGCUGUAUUGGGCCUACAGRAAUACCGCUGGAGGGCGACUGAGGAUCAGAUCAAGCGUGCCCACCGCAAAAAGGUCCUCAAGCAUCACCCCGACAAGAAGGCUGCCUCCGGUCAGGACGAGAACGACAACUUUUUCAAGUGCAUUCAGCGUGCCACCGAGGUGUUGCAGGAUCCCAUCAAGCGCAGACAAUUCGACUCCGUCGACGAGCACGCCGACCGGGAGCCACCUAGCAAGAAGGAUGUGCAAAAGAAGCCCGGAAACUUCUACAAGCUCUGGGCACCCGUGUUCGAGAGUGAGGCACGCUUCAGCAAGAAGCAGCCAGUUCCAAAGCUUGGGGACGUAAACUCGAGCAAGGAGCACGUCGAAGAGUUCUACAACUUCUGGUACAGCUUCGACUCAUGGCGAUCAUUUGAGUACAAGGACGAGGAUGUCCCUGACGACAACGAGUCGCGUGCCCAGAAGCGACACGUGGAGACCAAGAACAACAACCGCCGCAAGAAGCUGAAGAACGAGGAUGUGGUCCGUCUGAGACAGCUUGUCGACGAGGCACUGGCCAUGGAUGAGCGACCUAAGAAGUUCAGACAGGAAAGCAACAAGGAGAAGAACAAGAAAAAGGCCGACAAGGAGGCCGCGGAGAAAAAGGCCAAGGAGGAUGCUAUCAAGGCUAAGGAAGACGCAGCCAAGGCGGCCGCAGACAAGAUUGCAGCUGAGAAGGCUUCUCGUGAGGAAGCGAAGAAGGGCAAGGAGGCGGCCAAGAACGCGGCCAAGAAGAACAAGCGCGUUAUUCGUGGUGCGACCAAGGACGCUGGCUACUUUGCUGAUGGUGAGGCAAGUGCCGCACAGAUUGAUGGUGCGCUCAACGAUACGGAUGCUCUCAUCGCAAAGAUGGACAAUGAGGAGGUCGCGGCGUUCACCGCGAGCCUGCAAGGCAAGACAGAAAAGGCAGCCAUCAAGGCAGUCUUCGUUGCGGAGGUGCAGCGUCUGGUCGGUGCUGGAAAGGCGAAGGAGGGAGAAUUCAAGACGUUGGCUUAG